AUGGCUUUUUAUUCUUGUAAUAGAUAUAGGCUGAUUGUUUUAGUGUUGGUCGGAUUAAUAAUUUGGCAAGUUUUUCAAUUAUUUCCUAAGAAACAAGUUCAGUUGUCUGAGGAUAUAGUACAACUAGAAGAUGACAUGUUUAACAAACAUAAAAAGGACAAGGUGAAAAUAAGAGUGUAUUAUGAAGCACUAUGUCCAGAUUCAAAGCACUUUUUCAUUAAACAUUUGGGUCCAGUAACUGAGAAAUUGUCAGACUUCUUGGAUAUUACUUUAGUACCUUAUGGAAAAGCUCAAACAGAAGCACGCAACGGAGAAUAUUAUUUUACAUGCCAACAUGGAAUGGAAGAGUGUUAUGCCAAUAAAAUUCAUGCAUGUGCAAUAGCAUCAGUUGUUAAUAUGACUACGGCUGUGAAGAUAACAACUUGUAUGAUCAUAGACAAUAUGGAUGCUGAUGGAGCAUUGGAAAGGUGUGCCAAAGAAUUGAAAAUUAAUCCUCAACCUAUCAGUGACUGUGCAGCAGACAGUCAUGGGUCUAAGUUGUUAAAAAAAUAUGGCGAUGACACACAUAUAAUUAACCCAAAUUUUAUUCCCACAAUAACAUUAAAUGGAUCCAAAGAUAAUCAAGCAGCCAUUUUAAAGAAUUUUCUUCUAGAAGUAUGUCAAUUGAUUGAUAUUCCCUUACCACCACCUUGUUUGUGA